AUGGCAAAUAUUUCAAUAUAUCGAAACCAAAAGUUGGAAGAGAAGAUAAAUAAUUGUGAACUUCGUACACGCGUCGAUUUACGAAAACAAAAACUAACUGAUUUCGAUAUGGAAUUUGUCAUUCAAGAAGGAAUUCACAAUAAACAGUGUACAAUGCUUUGGUUAACAAAUAAUCAAAUCACAUCACAUAGCAUUUCUAUGCUCGCUUCUAUACUACGUGAAAACACAACCUUGGAAGGUUUAUCCAUAUGCUACAACGACCUGCUCGAUUCUGAUUUAUUUUAUUUAACACAAGCAUUGUCAAACCGAACAAGUGGAUUAGGUCGACUUGCUUUAACGUCAAAUAGAAUAACAGAUAAAGGUGUAGAAUAUCUCGCUGAUAUGCUUCGAACAAAUUGUUCUUUAGUCCAACUUUGGCUUGGUUUCAACAAAAUAAGUGAUGACGGAGUGAAAUUCUUAGCUGAUAUCCUUUCAUUUCAUAAUCGAACUCUUCAAGUCAUAUCACUUGCAUGGAAUAAUCUCAUUACCGAUGCAUCUAUUGAUUAUUUUAUUGAUAUGUUCGAAUCCAAUCAAACUUUACGAACUGUUUGUUUAUCAAAUUGUAACUUCUCAGAUUUCGGUAGAAAGAAAUUGCGAGAAGCAGUGAAAUUGUAUACCGAAUUUUAUCUUGAUCUUUAA